AUGGCUAAGAGCAUGUUCACUCCUUGCAGAAAAGACUUCUAUGAAGUUGUUAUUGGAUUUGGUGUUCCCAGCUCGCCUACACUUUCAAAUGAAACUGUUUCAACUACACUCAAUGUCGUCGAAGAGAAAAAGUCACCCAAAAGAAAGAGAUGGUCCAAAGAUGUUAGACAGCGUGCUGUGCUCGUUGGUCAAGAACUUGGACUUUCUAAAGCUAUCAGACUUCUACAGAAGCAACCAGACUAUAAAGAUUUGUGUGCGUCAACACUGUACUAUUGGAUCAAAUCAUCUGAUCAUCACGUCGCGUCUGCGAGUAAAAUCUAA